GGGUGGAGGUGGCUGUCACCCCCACUAGCCUUAUGACAAUGCGCUCACUGCUGUCCGGGAACAAGGUGCAACAGCCAGUGUGGCGUUUGGCUGCAAAUGUCGCCGGUGAGCGGGCUUCAGAAACUCUCUUUGGCAGAUGAAAUCCUUGGGCACCUGCCCCUGGUGGAUAAGACGGCGGUGUGGGGCACACUGGGGACCAUUAGACCCCACCUGAGCUUCGAGGUAGAGAAAGAUGUCCAGGCUCUCCUUAAGGCUGUCAGUGGCAAAGGUGUCGCAUAUGGAACCAUCAUUGACCUGCUGACCAACAGGAGCAACAAACAGAGGCAGCAGAUCGCUGAAGAGUUCCUGGAUUUCACUAAACAGGACCUACUGAAGACUCUGGAAGCAGCUGUGUCUGGGAACCUAGAGGGCGUUAUCGUGGGGCUGCUGAGGCCGGCAGCUCAGUAUGAUGCACAUGAAAUCAAUGUGGCCCUGAAGGGCCUGGAGGGGGACACCCUAAUCGAAAUCCUCUCCACCCGAACGAGCCAGCAGAUCCGAGAAAUCUUGGAUUUUUACAAGCAUGAUUUCCAUUCAGACCUAGAGAAGGAUGUUGCUUCUGGGACCAGCGACUGCUUCCAUGACCUCCUUGUGGCCUUGAUCAAGGGUAACCGGGAAAGGUAUCCUGGAGUCAUUGACUACGUCUUGAUAAGACAAGAUACAAAGGCCCUUGUGGGCACGGGUGGCAGUGACCCAGGCAGCCUGGAUGACAGCGAGUGGAUUAGGAUCCUAACCCAACGCAGCCACGAACAUCUAAACAGAGUUUUCAGGCGGUACCACGAGAUGACGGGGUUCCAGAUAGAGGAAGCCAUGGCGAAAAUUUUACAGGGGAAGGCCCAGGAGGCUGGCUUGACGCUGGUCUCUGUCCUCAGAAACACCCCCCUCUAUUUUGCCACAAAGCUCUACCAAGCGGUUAAGGGUCCAGUAGCCAGCCCAAGAACUCUGGCCCGAAUCCUGAUUUCUCGUAGCGAAACUGACCUGUUGAGCAUCCGUGCGGAGUUCAGGAAGCAUUAUGGGAUCUCCCUCUACUCGUUUAUCCGGGCCGAAACAAAUGGCAAUUACCAGGCAGCCUUACUUGGCCUGUGCAGAGCAGAAGAUUUGUAAGAUGACCUCUGUGGACAAGCCUCGGUGGACAAAAGCAGUCUACCUCUGAAUACCAGGCAAACACUUAUACCAGUCAACCUCUCUGCCUGAAUGCUCCACAGUUCCACGAAGGAUGUUGCUCCUGAACAGUCUGGAAUGACCCCCUUGUGCUAAGUUCUCCCUGUUUAUCUGUCUCAUGUUGGUUCAGAGAGAGCUGGAGAAAAAAUUAUUUAAGGAGAAAGAGCUGGAUGCUUUGCCGUUUUCUUACAAAUGCAAAUCAUGCUAUUCAAUUGGGCUAUGAAUGUCCAUCCAUUUCUC